UCGGACUGCAGUGAAAUAAAAGGUGGAUGGAGUCCUCAUUUCAUCCCAAAACACUGAGUUUCACACAUCGACCAAACUUCUGCGGCUGACUUCAGUGUGGAACAGACGGCGGGAAAAUCACAUCAAAGAUGCAGAGGUGCUUUGGGAUUUUUUGCGUGUCGCUCAUCUUCUGCGCAACUCUCUCUGAGACCAUCGGGUUGGUCAUUGCGGCGAAGGAGAAGCGCGGCUGGACUCUGAACAGUGCUGGAUACCUGUUAGGUCCCCGUCGAAUUGAUCACCUAAUUCAGAUAAAGGAUUCUCCCAGUGCCAGAGGCAGAGACGAGCUGGUCACUCAAUAUGGAAUAGAUGGACACAGGACACUAGGAGACAAGCCGGGUCUGGCUGGCAAGAGGGACAUGGGUCAGGACGAGGACUUCAGAACAGGUGCCCUAAGAAUAGCAAAUGAAGACAUCAUCCACACUAUCAUUGACUUUCUGUCAUACCUCAAACUUAAAGAGAUAGGAGCCUUGGACAACCUGCCUUCCUCUGUGACAUCAGAUGAACUGGCCAAUCCCUAAUGGGCCUGCCUCACUGCUGUUCACCUCCCUCCACCCAAGUCUAUGUUUCUGCUGUCUUGGCUCCCACUGCCCUAAAUGUCACCUUACUGUAGCUCCAUUCACACUCUGACACUGGAUUUGUCCUGGAACCAAAGAUCUGAGAGAAAUCCCCCCCCACCACCACCAAUAUAAAUAUCAGAUCUUUCUGCUCCUGUGUUAAUAAAACAUGAUCUCUAUUGAGGAUCAGUGAGUGUCUGCUGACUGUAGGUGGAUCUAAGUAAUACAG